AUGACCAUCAACACCACCAUCAAACCCUACGCCAGACUCAUCGACAGAACCAUAAUGAAGAACAUCACAACCCUCACAAUCACCACCCAAUUAAACCCUCCCCCUUGCACCCACACCUUCGACAUCCCGGCCAUCCUCUUCUCCACCGGCGGCUACCCCAACGUCUUCCAUCACUUCUCCGACGUCCUCAUCCCCCUCUACCUCACCUCCCUCGAAUUCCGACCCAAUUCCGUCGCCUUCCUCGUCGUCGACACCUCCCCGGAGUUCAUCUCCAAGUACAAACUCAUCCUCAAAGCCCUCUCCAAUGACGAAAUCAUCAAGACUACCAAUAACAACAACUACAACAAGGUGCUAUGCUUCCAGAGAGUCAUAGCCGGCCUCCGGUCCCACAACGACCUAGCCCUACCGCCUAAAAAUCCGAUCACGGACUUCACCGCCUUCCUCCGGGAAACAUACUCUCUAGAAAAAGAUAUAAUCGACAUGUGCGAGAAAAAAAGGCGGCGGCCACGCCUUCUCCUGGUCUCCAGGGAGGAGACGCGGCGCCUGAGGAAUGAGAGGGAGGUGGCGAAGGUGGCGCGGGAAUUAGGGUUUGAGGCGAGCGUGCGGGGGAUUGGGCCGGAGGACGCGCUCGUGGCGAGGAUGGUGAACGCGUUCGACGUGAUGGUGGCGGUGCACGGGGCCGGGAUUACCAACAUGAUGUACCUGCCAGAGAGGGCGGUGUUGGUGCAAAUCGUGCCGGUCGGGUUGGCGGGUUUGGGUAGGGUUUUCUAUGAGGAGCCGAGUAGAGGGAUGAAUUUGAGGUAUUUGGAGUAUAGGGUUAGUGUGGAGGAGAGCUCUUUGAGUGAGAGAUAUGGGGUUGGAGAUGAGGUGUUUAGGAACACUAGUAGCUUUAGGGAGAAAGGGUGGGGUGUGUUUAAAUCGAUUUAUAUGGAGAAUCAAGAUGUGAGUGUUGAUUUGGUUAGGUUUAGGAGGGUUUUAGUGGAAGCUAUGGAGCUUGUUUGUGGCUAG